CAAAGACUGACCGCUUCAGUUUUAACACAUGUAUGAUGCUGCAACCGGUUUCCAUUUUAUUUUCAUUUUCUCAUACUAAUGAGUCUUUUUGUUUAUUGACAUGAUUUACGGAGGUUUUCCCUAUGUAUGGAGGAAUAAAUCGUUUUUGAGUGACGCGUUUGUGAGUUCUCCGUCCUUAUUUUCGCGGGCCUAACAUUGAACAGCUACCCUAAAUCUCCAUAAACGUGUUACAAAUCUUACAGUAUUACAGCACUUUUUAUUGCCCUUUUACUCACCUUUACAUUCAUCAAUCCGUUUCCUACGUUCACCAAAAGAGCCGGUUCAAAGAGUCGACUCAACCCUGAACGACACAAUGACUCCUUCCUAAAAGAAAAGUUUUUUCUCCCUCCGAAACGACUCCAUUUUGUGAAGCGUUGGUUACAAGUUAAAACAUCUUUAUCAGCACCUUUAUCAGCAGCAGAAACGGUGAUAUUAAUGUGACAGAACAAGGCCUGUUGACUAAAGGAGUGUGAUCCAUUCCAUCAGAAGAGAUCAGACUCUUCAGGACUCAGCUGUGUGUUUGUGUGUAAACUUUACUAACAUAUAAAGAUGGAGACUCCUGAUCUGGACACAGAUAAUGUUUCUACACCAUCAAACAACUGUAAACUCAAGAGAAAGAGAUCAGAAUCACCAACACACAGCUGUAUCUCCAUGAAGAGUGACAUGACUAUGGAUCAUCCUCUGUGGUUUAAAGAUGGAGACUCAUCACUUCUACACAGUAAACUCCAGGGAAAGAGAUCAGAAUCACUAACACCCAGUUGUAUCUCCAUGAAGAGUGAUGAGUCUAUGGAUCAUCAUAUGGAGAUUAAAGUUGGAGACUCCUCACUUCUACACAGUGAUCUACAGAAGACAGGAGACAGAACAGAAACGAAGAUCACAGAUACAGGGCACGACCCAGAAUCUGCUGCUGUAAAUAAAUUCCAGAAAAAGUUCAAAUUAAAUCUGAUGAAGAAGUUUCAGUGUUUGAAUGGAGUGAUAAUAAACCUGGGAACCCAAACACUCCUGAAUGAGAUCUACACAGAGCUCUACAUCACAGAGGGAGACAGUGGAGAAGUCAAUAAUGAACAUGAGGUGAGACAGAUGGAGGCAGCAUCCAGGAGAAGAACAACAGAGGAAACACCAAUCAAAUGCAAUGACAUCUUUAAGCCUUUAUCUGAACAAGACAAACCCAUCAGAACUGUGCUGACAAAGGGAGUCGCUGGUAUCGGAAAAACAGUCUCUGUGCAGAAGUUCAUUCUGGACUGGGCUGAAGGGAAAGUAAAUCAGGACGUCCACCUCAUAUUUCCACUUCCUUUCAGACAGCUGAACUUGAUGAAGGACCAGAAACUGAGUCUGAUGGAGCUCCUUCAUGUCUUUUUUAAGGAAAUAAAAGAAACAGAAAUGUCCAGUUUGGAAAAGGUUCUGUUCAUUUUUGACGGAUUGGACGAGUGUCGUUUUCCUCUAGAUUUCCAGAACACAGUGAGAGUGUGUGAUGUAACUGAAUCAGCAUCAGUGCCUGUGCUGCUGAUAAACCUGAUCAAAGGGAAUCUGCUUCCCUCUGCUCUCAUCUGGAUCACCUCCAGAUCUGGAGCAGCUGAUCAAAUCCCCUCUGAGUUUGUGGAUCGAGUCACAGAGGUACGAGGGUUCAAUGACCCACAGAAGGAGGAGUAUUUCAGGAAGAGGAUCAGUGAUCAGAGCCUGGCCAAUAACAUCAUCACACACCUGAAGUCAUUAAGAAGCCUCUACAUCAUGUGUCACAUCCCAGUGUUCUGCUGGAUUUCAGCCACUGUUCUAGAGAGAAUGUUGGGUGAAGCAGAGAGUGGAGAGAUCUCCAAGACUCUGACUCAAAUGUACACACACUUCCUCAUCAUUCAGACAAACAUCAUAAGAGAAAAAUACUCACAGAAGCAGGAGAGUGAUGAAGAAAUGCUUCUUAAACUGGGACAACUGGCUUUUCAGCAGCUGAAGAAAGGAAACCUGAUCUUCUAUGAUGAAGACCUGAGAGAGUGUGGCAUUGAUGUGAGAGAAGCAGCAGUGUACUCAGGUGUGUGUACUCAGAUCUUCAGAGAGGAGUUUGGGCUUCACCAGAGUAAAGUGUACUGCUUUGUUCAUCUGAGCAUUCAGGAGCAUCUCGCAGCGCUGUAUGUGCACCUGACCUUCAUGAAGGAGAAGAGAAAUGUUCUUAAACAGAAUCAAGAUGAUAAAUGUUGGACGAAAGAAGAUGCAAUCUCAGAUGUACACAAGGGUGCUGUAGAUCAGACUUUAGAAAGUCAGACUGGACAUCUGGAUCUUUUACUUCGCUUUCUUUUGGGUCUCUCACUGGAGUCCAAUCAGAAACUUUUACAUGUUUUAGUAACACAGACAGGAAGUAGCUCACAGAACAUAAAGGAAACAGUUAAGUACAUUAAGGAGAAGAUCAGUACAAAUCUUCCUACAGAGAAAUACAUCAAUCUGUUCCACUGUCUGAAUGAACUGGGUGAUAAUUCUCUAGUGGAGAAAGUCCAACUCUACCUGAUAUCUGGAAAACUUCCUUCUUCACCGCUGUCUGCUCUGGUGUAUAUGUUACUGACAUCAGCACAGGAGCUGGGUGACCAGAGUAAAUAUACCAGUGCAGAUAAGAUAACAGAAGAUGUUAUUCUGAAGAUGAUGCCUGUGAUUACAGCAUCCAGUAAAGCAAUUAUCAGCUGUGAUUCACUUGGAUUGGAAACUUUUUUGUCAUCUCUGGUCUCAGCGCUCAGAUCAGAAACCUCCGAACUGAGUGAAUUUCAUCUGACUGUGAAAACACUGGAUCUGUCCUAUAAUAAACUAGGAGACUCAGGAGUGAAGAUUCUCUCUGCUGUACUGGAGAAUCCUCACUGUAAACUGGAGACACUGAAGUUGUUGGGUUGUGGUGUCUCAGAUGAAGGAUGUGCUGCUCCGACUUCAGUUCUGAGAUCAAACCCCUCACACCCGAGAGAACUGUAUCUGACUUAUAAUAAACUAGGAGACUCAGGAGUGAAGAAUCUCUCUGAUGUACUGGAGAAUCCUCACCGUGAACUGGACGCACUGAGGUUGUGUGUAUGUGAUGCCUCAGAUGAAGGCUGUACUGCUCUGACUUCAGAUCUGAGAUCAAACCCCUCACACCUGAGAUACCUGGAUCUGUACAGUAAUAAUCUAGGAGAAUCAGGAAUGAAGAUUCUCUCUGCUGUACUGGAGAAUCCUCACUGUAAACUGGAGACACUGAGGUUGUGUGGGUGUGGUGUCUCAGCUAAACGCUGUGCUGCUCCGACUUCAGCUCUGAGAACAAACCCCUCACACCUGAGAUACCUGGAUCUGCCCUAUAAUAAUCUAGGAGACUCAGGAGUGGAGUGUCUCUCUGCUGUACUGGAGAAUCCUCAUUGUAAACUGGAGACACUGAAGUUGUGGGAUUGUUGUGUCUCAGAUGAAGACUGCGCUGCUCUGACUUCAGCUCUGAGAUCAAACCCCUCACACCUGAGAUACCUGGAUUUGUCUUAUAAUACACUAGGAGACUCAGGAGUGGAGUGUCUCUCUGCUGUACUGGAGAAUCCUCACUGUAAACUGGAGACACUGAGAUUGCGUAAUUGUGGUGUCUCAGAUGUUGGCUGUGCUGCUCUGACGUCAGCUCUGAGAUCAAACCCCUCACACCUGAGAGAACUGGAUCUGUCCUGUAAUAAUCUAGGAGACUCACAAAAGAAGCUGCUGUCUGAUCUUAAGGAUGAUAAACAUUACAAACUACAGACACUGAGGUUCUAGUGAAUAUCUGUGUGUGAUGAAGACUCCAGUGUUCCUGCAUGUCUCCUUACCAUGAUGGAGAAUAGAGAACAUGUUUAUUAUCACAUCACAUAUUUAGUUCUAACACAAUAAACAGACUCAGACAUGA